AUGGACGACGAGCCGCCCGCGAAACGCGCCCGUGUUCGACAGGCAUGCCAGGCAUGUCGAGACGCAAAGUUACGCUGCGACCUUGGCGAUCCCGGAGAACCCAAGGACCCGCCAUGUCAGCGAUGUUCGCGAUCAGGUCGAGAGUGCCGUUUCGUCGGUAGUCACCUGCACCACAAGCCGCGCAAGAUGACGUACCGGGUCCGGGACGAGGGGUCUUUGGGGUUACGCCGGGACGAGGGGUCUUUGGGGUUACGCUACUCGCUCCCCGCUGAGCCGGCGCAAUACACUCGGCGGCCCAGCUUGCCAAGCCCCGACCCGGGGAGCUCGGAGGCGUCGCGCCCAGCACGGAGCCCAUAUCGGUCAGGAAUCAACCUCGAAGCAACAAUCGAGACGCCUGCCGACGCGUUGCGCGUCCUCGUCGCUGCAGCAGACGAGGAGACAUCGCAGUAUACUGCUGUGCCGACGCAUCGGGAUGGCAAGAUCUGGAACCAGUGGGAGCCUGUUCGCGACGGUCUCCUGACUACCGAAGAGGCUCGUACUCUCCUCGCAUUCUACGCAGUUCACCUGGGCCCACUACAUCCCGUGGUGCCCACCGUGUUGUUGCAAACGAAACAGUUCACAGAGCUGCUAGACGAGCCGAUCUUGCUCGCGGCCAUCUGUCUCGCCGCAAGCCGUUUCUGUGAUCUCGGCCCGUCAUAUGUCUCGACUGAGCCGCUGCGUUCGCGCGUCAUUCAAGGCCGCCUGGUCGAGUGGCUCAUGUCCCGCCUAGGUUACCUGACCAUGGGAGACCCAACGUUCCGAACAAUUGGUACGGUCGAGGCACUGCUCGUACUUUCCGAGUGGCCACCACGUGCAUUGUUGCUUAAAGACCCGUCGAGAGCGCGGGCAUCUACCCUCUCGAGCGCGUGCAAGCUCUUUGACGACUUGGCGUGGACGCUUACGGGACUCGCAUUGCGAAUUGCCCAGGAACUCUCACUACACGAUGAGAAGGGAUACAGUAAGGAGAACGAGGAGACUCUGGCCAUCACACGGCGUAAGAUGAAUGCUUGGAUCCACUGCCUCGCUGCCGACCGACACGUCUCGGUCCGUCUCGGACGUGUAUCAAUGGUACAAGCCAAAAUGUCCACAAACUGGUGGGAAACAUGGGGCGAUCUCGUGUUUGUACAUACCGGAUCAGACAUUUUGCGCGAUUUCAGUGACGACUCAUGGCGCUCAACGCAGGCUGUCACGGAACUCACACAUAAUCUCGGAUUGGUGCAGGAGCUCAUGUACGCGUCGCCGAGUUUGACCAACGACCUGAUUCGAACGCGGCAAUUCGAGCCUCUGCUACACCGCCUCAAGCCCGAGCUCGACAGUAUCCGGCAGUGGCUCAUUCCCAGUUGCGGCAGAGAAGCGAUCGAGAAUGAGAACGAGGCAGUCAAGCUGCGUAAUAUCCUCAUGCGUCUGGAAAUCGACUAUAUCCGACUCUACGCCAAUUCGAUCAGCAUGCGGGCUGCGCAUCACCGCCUAGCUCCGCGCCUCCGUGGUUCGUCCGGCACACAUCCGCGUGUCUUUGAGAGCUCGGUCCUACGCUGGGCAGAGGCGCCGUUCCUCCUCGAAGCAGUCGAGUCGGGUAUCAGUCUCAUGCGCGCCGGCAUCGACCUGCACCGCCGCCGUGUCCUAUGUUUCUGUCCCGGCCGAACCUUUUUACGAAUGAUGUUCGCAUCCGUGUUUCUCAUGAAGGCGAUGAGCUUUGGCGCUGUCGUGCAGGACGAAGCCGACAUGGUCAAUCUCCAAUACGACCUGAUUGAUGCUUUGCGCGAGGCAGCUGUGGAUGAGGACCAUAUUGCGCUCCAGCUCGCAUCGCUGCUCAGCCGCUUGUUCCCAUCUCGACCCAAGGCGCGAUCCGAGGGCGUGGAGCCGGUCGAGCAAGAAGACCCGCUGAGUAUGCUCAACUUUGAUUUUGGUAAUGUCGACAUGAACCUGUUUGGCGAUAUUGGUGUCGACGCCGGCAACACGAUCGGAUAUAACCCGAACGGGCUGGUGUCGUUCAUUGAGGCCAUGCUGGAUGGCUCGCAGGUCGAUGGCGCUCAUGUCGGUGGCUCCCAUGUGGAUGGGGAAAUGUCCUCCGGAUAUAGAGACUAG